CUGGAGCCAGAGCAGCUAAGUCGGGGCUGCUCAUCGAGAUGAUAGAAAAUACCGGUGACCACGACUUUGAAUGUGUGUAGUGAUGAUUUCAAUUUCAUCAGCAUGCCGUGCGUAGUUGCCGUUCGCGUCAGGACGAGUACUAAAUAUUCGAUGAAACUAAGUCGAUAAAAAUUGAUGUGCGUGCUGUCCUCGUCAACAACCGCAGGAGAUCUCGUCAUCUCGUCGCAGCCCCUGAUCGAUGCUUCGACUUCGAGUCAGUAACUGCACUCGUUUUUGCAGGGGAUGUAUAGUAGAUAGGCACGACCUCUUCGACCACGCCGACUGGGAGCGACGAGCUGACUAUGAUUAUAGCAGGACCACGUCGUGGACCACGAGGACAACUGGUCUCCUCGUCAGUCUGGGUGAUUAUCACCUUCAUCUUCACUACGACUAAGUGAAAGCACCGCUCGUGUGAAGAAGGGCUUGCCACUUUACAUCAUCCAUGCGUCGGAGAUGAAUCAAAAGAGACAGGAAUCUGGUCAUUGAAAUAGUAGAUUAAAGCAUCAUGAUCAUGCGCAACUACUGGCACUGUGUUGAGCUACCGCCGCCACUGCAAGAGUUCGAACUGCCGGCCGCGCCGGAGAGAACAGCCACGAGGAGGAGCCAAUGCAGUACGUCUUUCUUCCCACGAUUUUUAACUACAUCUUUCUCGCAAGAAACGCGACAAAAAUGCAACGGCAGUAUCGUGGACUACAGAAGUACUGCAGUAGCGCUGCCGUCAAAGCAGGAGAGGCGCCUGCUAUUUUUCGACGACGUACUACCACGCGAGAGAGAGACGAGGUGGUCGUGGUCGUGGUCGGCCCGGCGUCCCACUAGAGAUCUCAUCGCCCCGCCUGAGGUGCGAUCCAAAACUCAAACAACUCCCGAAGGAGCGCGAUGUGCGAUCGAGGCUGCAGUACCGGGCGGGCGGCCCAGAAAGAUAAAAAUCCGCGCCACCGACUUGCACGUGAAGCUCAGCGGGUCCUCCGGUGCGACGUCUGCGAAGGGUACUAUUAAAACCGUGGCGGGCGGUCUUGCGUUGGCCCUACCUUGGGUGCGGUUAAAGUACAGCAAUGGAGGCAGUAUGCUGUUUAUGCUAGAAAAAAACUGUGUAGGUGUAAAUCUGUGAUGCAGAACAUGCAACAGAGUUAUGUUACGCCUGUCAUGCCAGACAGCCAUGCAGUCCUCAUUUCAUGCGUGUUUUCCCUUACAAACCCCGCAUGACAGGUUUUCUGUGUCAUGUAGAGCAAAUUUGUGAUGCUGUCAGCCAAAGAAAGUUACACUAACACAGUUUUUUUCUUGGAUACUGUUUUCCAGCGCUGAUCGCGGAGGUGGACCCGGGGAUGGUGGUAGUGGUGAUCCACCUGAAAACCUCCACGCCGGCGGGGACUUAUCACCUCCGCCGGGAUCAACGACAAAAGCCGCGAAAAAUACAGGAAGAUCGAGGUCCUCCUCGACCUCAUCGUCCCCACGUAAGAGGCGAAGUGACGGCGCGAAGAAGACGAAGAAGAAGAGCAAGAAGCCGGGCCAGAAGCCGUUGACCCGCUUCGAGCAAGUGAAGAAAUACUACGGCUACUACAACCAGGUUUUGAUUUGCUGCACCGUCUCUUCCCUCUUCCAGGUUGUGACCGCAGACCCGCUAUCAAAUGUAAAAAUGUCUGGGUCUGGGAGAUUGCGAGAUUUGUCAUGCUUGUCUGGCGUGACUCUGAACUCUGUGUUGCAUGGCCGCGAGGAGCUCCUCCUCCCUGUCAUGCAAAAACUCAGUUUCUCAUGCGGGGUACGCAACUCAGAACCACGGAAAAAACUUGUCAUGCUUGGCAGCGCAUUAGAGUGAGUUCACUACUCCCUUUCUUGCAUCACAAGUUUCCAGACCCAGACAUUUUUGCAUUUGAUACCCGCUGGUGGCCGGUUUUGACUUGUUGGCCGAGACCGCCCUAUAUGCAAUGCAAAAGUAUCGUACUCGUACGUAGGGUAGUAAUUCUAAUUGCAAUCAUGCAUUACAAAUGUACUUCUCAAGGUAAAUCCGCAUUACAGAUUUUAAUUCUCAUGAAAUUUGUAAUGCAUGUAAAUGUAUAGGUUUAGGUAUACGAGUACGAUGCCAUACUUUUGCAAAGCAUACGCUAUCAACCAUGCUGCAACAAGAAAUUUUCGAAAGCCGACCCUACCUGUUGGGCAACGUGGGGAUUGCCGUCUUUUUAUCCCAAUAUAGAAUAAAGGUUCCCCCUCCCCAUUAUAUCAGAAUGGAAAUCAAAAUCUAUGAUGCGGGAUCAUAUACGUGCGGAAGAGAAAAUCGAGUUUGUCUUGCAGUAGAGAUGAGAGCAGGACUCCUGCGCACAGAUCCACCUAAGCCUUAGGCAGGGAUCUUUUUGUGGAGGCACUUAGCACGGCUAUGGCAGAGGUCUGCCCUGUGCCUGUUGGCCUCACAGCGUUACAAAUCUUCGUCUGCAGUUGUAUAUUGACACGCCGGCGGACUGCUCUCUGGAUUUGUCUUCUUGCAAUGCAGAUUUAUGGCCACAAAUCCGCCUCGCAGAAUUUCGGAAGGAAGAUGCGUGUUGAUUCAUCAAUUUGGGAAGGGGGCCCUUUUCUUUGCAAUGCUUUGCCGUCCGCUUUUUCCUUACCUUCGAGCUGGAAUACGAGCCGGCGUUUCAAAUGAAGGACGUGCUGGUCAACCUGUUUCCCUCCCUUGGUUCUCUCCUGCCUCAGGCGGGAGGCCGAGUGCUAUUCUUCCUGCACCCCGGUCUUUUUCUCGCUCUCGCAGUGUUGGUAUCAGAGUGCACAACCCCCCCCUGCCCUCUUUUGUUGCAUGGCAUGAACAGGAGCAACACAAACGCCACUGACGACCUUGGAGCCCGUGCGUGACAAAUGAAAUUUUUUAUGCACCAACUGUGGUACUGCUACUGUUUACCGUUUGGGCCCCCGAAAUUUGUCAUGCAAACGGUGCCGCAAGGCAGCGACUGGAUUUGGGCUUUUGCUUGACAACUGAGGGGGAGGGGGAGUCGUGCACUUUCAUAGUUGGGCAAAUAUUUGGAACACAAAAUCAACGAAGAGUGGAGCAUAUGGAUUGAAAAUAUGUCUGGGUCUGGAAGCAUGCGAGAGUUGGCAUGCUGGUCGUGAAUGGCACCGAGCUCUGUAUCGCGUAGCCAGCAGGAGCUCGGGUUGUUUACCAUGCAAAGACGCUGUUUUAGUCCCAUGCGGAAUACGCGACACGAAGCGACUGAAAAUUGAAAUUCUGUGAUGCUUUAUUGCGGUGCGUUACAGAUACAGUGUGCUUUCUAUUCACUGAUAUGCGUGGUCACAACUUUCCAGACCCAGACAUAUUUGCAAUGCAUUAUGCAGAGGACUAGCGGCAAACGCAGCUAGCCCAGCAGGGGACAAGGACCAAGCUGCUAAAGGAGUUUCAAAUUCGUCGAAAAAUGACGGUGAAAAAAACAAGCCGAAACCAGCCCCAGAUGAACCAGGCACGGAGCCGUAUGUUGGGACAACCCUCAAACGCGGCUACAUAGUUUGCUUUUAUCAAUCAUCUCUCACCCUCCAGAAUUUUUACCAUGAUCUCGUACUAGAAGCCUCCGCACGAUCUUCAGACUACUUCGCAUGACAGAUUCUCGAAGGUCCAAAUAGCAUGGAAAUUUUCUGUGCCGGAUUUGUAAAAUGCGAGAGGAUUUAUGAAUAUAUUUGCAUUUCUAAUUCUAUUUCACUUUCGCUCUUCUUGCAGCACAAUUUCAUGUAACAGCAAACAAAGUACUAACGCUUCUUGAGAGUCCCAUAGUAGCGCGGCAGACACGGCCGUUAUGGACUCGUCAGGAUCGAAAUCGACAAAGAUAGGAAAACUUGCAAUGCAAAAAUAAGUGGAUGCCGGUUGUUGGAUUCCAGUUUUCAAAUGGCGCAUGAUAGAUUUUGGCAGCUGCAUCGGAAUCCAAUCUGUCGCGCUGUUGGUUUGGGCACAGAAUGGCCCUGCUAGUACUUUAGCAGCUCUAUUAUAUCAGAGGAUCCCAAAGCCAAACUAGCGGACAAUCAGCCGGACUAUUUGCCAUCCCCGCAAGAGAGGCACUUUUACUUUGUGCAUUGCAUUUUAUGGUUGCAUUUUAUGCAUUGCAAAUCUUUUUCUCCGCUAGUACUUUAUCGAUUUCGAUUCUGACACUUCCAUAGAGGUGGAGGCAGAAGAAGAAGAUCACGGAGAUGAUGCACAGUAGACAUAUAUGGCCCGCUCAGGUGUUACAAUCUCAAACGUUUGUUUGUAUUGCGAAAAGUGCAAGGCUGUGCGCAUGUUUUUCAUGCUCUUCAUGCAAGACAAAACUGUGUAAAUUGAGAUUCUAACACCUGCGCAGGUUAUAACAUAACAUAGCAGCGCAGCCCAGUCGGCCUGCUAUUUUCAAUAUCAUUUGUGUUGGUGUAUUUCACAAUUCUCAUUCUAGAAGAAGCAUGACAUUUUUAACUGGUGUCUGCCGUGGUCAUGGUCGUCUUCGUCAUGUCUAACUUGUUUAUUUGAGCGACAUCGCUCCUGGAAAAUUCAAACUGUAUGAUGUGCUAGUGCUCAGUUUGUGAUGUUGCUGUCAGAUCGUACUACUACAGAAAAUGUUUUUUCCUGUAGUUUUCCUUGAAGAUACACAACCCACUGCACUACAACAAGCUUGACAGCGGCAAGGAGCUCAGAUGUUUGCAGUUAUGCGCGAACUUUUGCUCAGACGCUGCCCGGUAAGUACUGCGUAUUUGGUCCUCCGUGCUUGUGUUCAACAUCACUUAUGACAGAUCAAUCUUCGUAUGCUGGAGCUGGCAGGUUUCCAUGCUGCAGACAAAAAAUCUGUGUUGCUACAUCGGCAAGAUAAAUGCGUAGAUAAGUAUCAAAUGCAAAAAAUUUCGAUUUGGGUCCGGAGUUUUGUGAUGCCAGGAUCGAUUGAUGUGAGGAACUGGAACAUUUUUGAUUGCGAGCGCAGCGAAGGAUCUUGACAACAAGCUUCUAGAAGGCUUCGCUGCUGCUCUUAAGAAAUAUGCGACAUGGCGCGCAAGACAGAUGCAUCAAAUGCCGUUGUUGCAUGACCUCAAGAGGAGCUGCGCUUUUGUCGGCCUCCAUGCAAGGACAGUACAAAUUCAUCUCAAGACGUGCCGGACAUGCAACUCAAGACGUGCGAAUUCGAAGGUAUCACAACCUAUAAAUCAAUGUGGAUCAACAAGAUACCAGCAGUACUAUGGACGCGUCAGGAUCGAAGUCGACAAAGUUGAAAUGAUUUGCAAUGCAUAAAAUCGAUACCAGUUGGAUGAGCUGCGUCCAGGUCCCCCCAGGAAGGAUCGAAGCCAGCCCUCGGGAUCGGUUGCGGUCGAUUCUGUGAAGUGUGGAACAGCUCCGAGGACGAGCGGAAGGCACACCCCCGGAGGAGCGAGCUGACUCAUCUCGUGACUCCGCUUUGGGGGCGGAAACACGAACUGAGACGAAAUGCAGCGACAACUACGUACGGUCCUGCGGAAAAUUGUCCGGGGGGCGGUGCAACUUUAUGGAAUUGCUUGGCAGCUGUGCGCGUAAAUUAAUAAGCCUACUGUGCUUUAGCUUUUAUCAUCGUCCCUUAGCGGUUCUUUUUCAGGCCAGCGGUUGGAACUGUGUAUGCUGGAACGGAAAGUAUGUCCCUCGCUAUGCAUUUUUGUAGAGGAAGAUGAAGUAAGUAAGCUUGUUGUAUAUGUGUAUCCCAGAAAAAAACGGUGUCCUGGGGUCGUGACUGACAGCACGACAAAUUUCUCUUGCCUAACAGAGAAAGCCUGUCAUACCGCACAGCCAAUGCGUGAAAACAAAGCACAUAAAUAUGCAGUUAAACUUAAAUGAUCAUACGGUCUCAACAUGGCAUGACAAGUGUGCUGCAUGCUUUGCGUCACAGACUCACUCUAUAUAAAUGGACGUG